AUGGCUGUUAAUCUGAGUAAGAAUGGACCAGCUCUCAUGGCUGCUUAUAAAGAAGUGGUGGACGGCAGGUCGGACACAAACUGGUGAGCAGUUUCUAACCACAGGAAAAUAACCUCUCGGACUUAAACUGUCUUGUUGACCCUGUGAUAACCUCCUAACUCUUUGUAUCUUUAUGCCUGUUUGUGUUUUCAGGGCUCUCUUUACUUAUGAGGGGAACAGUAAUGACAUCCGUCUGGCAGAGAAAGGAGGUGAGAUUUAUUUAGUAAAGGUAUCACUCUAAAAGUCUCACAGCACAUCAGGUUUCAUCAAGGAAGUAUUCUAGGAAAAAGACCAGCUAAAUUUUAAGCUACCUAAAGUUUAAUUUGUACAAGUACCUCGGUGAUCGCCCCUUAUGCAGCUAAAGUAUUACAUAUGAAGUACUUCACGUGCUAACUUUAUCUCAGUGAAGGUACAACAGUAUUCCUAGCUUGUAUUGUAUUUAAUAUAUUACAGUACUUUCAGAUUCAGACAGCUAAUUAAAACUGUAAAGCACAGCAGUUUUCCUGGCUUCAGCUGUUUUAUUUACUGUCGUAUUCUGGACUUCUUACAGAGCAAAUAUUACAGCAAAAACACAACAGUAUGUUAGCUGAAUGUAGUACCAUGGUAAGAGGUAUAACUUAAUUUAGUUAAAGUCUUAUAGUAAAACCACAGCAGACUCCUGGACUUUGUGUGGUGAUGCAUGUGUGUGUGUGUGUGUGUGUGUGUGCGUGCGUGCGUGCGUGCGUGUGUGUGUGUGGCAUAGAUGGUGGGUUGGAGGAGAUGGUGGAGGAGCUGAACAGCGGAAAGGUGAUGUACGCUUUCUGUCGAGUCCAGGACCCGAACUCUGGUCUGCCCAAAUACGUCCUUGUUAACUGGGUAAGACACACACACACACACACACACACACACACACACACACACACACACACACACACACACACACAGGUUAAUGACAAAAAAUGAUCAGACAUGGAUUAGAAGGGUUAGAGUGUGUGUCUAUGUGUGUUACAAGGCGAAAAUAGCAAAAACAAUAGCUCUGUUAUACAAAGUAAAGGAUUCACUGGAUAACAAGGCAUCGUACAUUUUAAAUAAUACCAUGAUUGUUCCAUAUCUGACCUACUGCAUCAAAGUAUGAGGAAAUGCCUAUAAAACAUAUACUCAGUCAAUUUUCAUUUUGCAAAAGAGAGCAAUAAGAAUAAUCAGUAGAAAACGAUAUAGAGAUCCAUCAAAUCCAUUAUUCCUUCAGUUAAAAUUGUUGAAAUUUAAUGAAUUAGUAGAUCAUAGUAACCAUGCAAAUUAUGCUGAAAGCUCAUAAAAAAUCUUUCCAAUCAACAUUCAGAAAAGAUUUGAAAAAAGAGAAAGCAAGUUUAAUUUAAAAGGAACAGAGAUCUUUAAAAAAAACAAGAUUUAGGACUAAAUUGAUGGAAUGUUGAGCAAUCUGAACAAAGACAUCAAAGAAUCCAAGUCAAACAUUACAUUUAAAAGAAUAAUUAAAGCCAGUAUGUUGAGGAAAUAUAAGGAAAUAUGUUAGUUAUAUCUGAUUGUCAUACCAUUCUAAUUUUGUUGUUGUUUGAGUGGCAUUAACUGAAUUGUAACUUGGGAACUAAAUGGUAUAUGACCGUCUUUAAUGGCCAUUAGCUAUAUUUUUAUUUUAUUAUAUAUUUAUUUGUUGUGUUUUGUUUAUGCUGUUGUUGCUUUUUUUUACAUAUAUAUUUUAUUAUUUUAAGCUUGUUCUUUGUAAAUAGAUUUCUGGGGAUAAAGAGGCAGAUAAAAUAAGAUUAGUCUUCUUUCUGCUCCCUUUCAUUCUAGAUAGGAAAAUGUUUGUAUUGAAAUUAAAUUGUUUCUUUUUAUUUUUAAAUGAAUGAAAAUAUGUGGUUCGUUUAUAAUAAAAAAAUGUACACCCCCAUCAGACAGGUGAAGGUGUGAAGGACUCCAGAAAGGGUUUAUGUGCCAACCAUGUGAGCUCCAUGGCCAACUUCCUGAAGGUGAGCGUGACUCUGAAAUGCUCCAGUCCUGUUGGUUUGUGUGAAUGUUGACUUUGUUCAGAGUUAUUCCACCGUUUACUGCUGCAGACCUACUUAUCUUCAGAUGAGAGGUUUUUCUUCGACAGAGGACUUCAGUAAAGAUUGUUGCACUGGUUCGCUGUGGUGCAAAGAUGCUUAAAUAUACAGUAAAUGUGUUGAUUUCAGGGGUCUGGGUGACUUCAUACAGAGCUGCAGACAUCGAAACUGUUUUCAGGGCUACGAGCUGAUCCCAUCCACUCCAGUGAUUCUUCAAUGUUUUGCACCUUUCUGUCAUUCAGACUGUAAAAUGUAAAAAUGGCGUCCAAUUUAAGAUUCCCUGCUCUGUUGUUUGUGACCACAGGGAGCUCAUGUGACCAUAAACGCUCGGGGAGAAGAAGACGUGGAGCCGGAGACCAUCCUGGCGAAAGUUGCCAAAGCAUCUGGAGCAAACUUCAACUUCCAUAAACAACAACAAGGUUACAAAGAAGCCCCUGGAGGACCUGUGGUGAGAAAACCCCCGCUCCAAACAUGAUAAAAAAAACAAUCAAAUAAGAAUGCAUCUUUGUAAGUGAUUGUAUUUUGCAUUUCUCCUGCAAACGUUUCCAACCACUAAAAGACGGAGUAGAAUAAAAUGGAUUUAUUGUGAUUGCAGAUUGUAAAAGACGAUUCUGUGCGUCUCUAAAAUAGUACAAAAAAAUUAUGUAUUCACACGUUUUCAUCCCCAAAAUCUCCUCAAGAGAAGAGAGAUAAAAAUAACACAGUGGAGAGUCUUAAUAAACUGAAGUUAGAUGUACAAAGACAAAAGAAAUGUGAACAUACGGAGUAAAUGUCUGAAUAGAUCAUAUGAGUUUUCUUGGCCUGUGAAAGCAGAUAAUUGACUUUUUAAAGGAUCAGAUGGAGGAAAUAACAAAUAAAAGAUGCCAAAGAUGAAAUAAGGCACCUGUGAGUUGCAUUAUGGGAAAUGUAGGAAACAUACUGAAGACUGAAAUGAAGUGAUAAGGUUUCUUACAUGUAACUGACACGCAUUUUGUAGAAAACUAACUGAACACUUUAGAUAAGAUGUUACUAAUGCAUGUUCCCAUUAUGUGCCAUAAAAGCAGCAAAGACAUUAUACAGCUGGAGACGGUCUUGGUUGUCUCGUCAUGACUCCUCUUGGUAAUGAGGAGAGGAGAGGAGUAAAGGGUUGCCGAGCAUUGUGUGGUGAAGAGGAAACUAAAGUUGUCUUCUUAUCUGACAGGGUUCUGUGUAUCGUAAAGUCAAUGCCGUGGAAGAGAUUCAGCAAAUCAACAAGGAUGACUUCUGGUCCAAAACUCAGGUGUCUGACUCUUGAGUAUCUGACUGUCUGUAAAAGUAGUUUCUGUGGUUUUUAUCUGAUGUGAAACUAACAAGACUCUCGACUUCAGAGGGAUGAAGAAGUCCGUCGACGAGAGGAGGCCCAGAGGGCGGAGGAGGAGAGACAGAAGGCAGAGAAGGAGAGGAUGGCGAUGGAGGAGAAGCAGGCGAGAGAGAGGGAGAGGAGAGCGAAGGAGAGAGCGCUACAGAUCGAAGAGAACAAGUGAGUCCGACAAAAUAACAAUAAAACUCAAAUGUUAAAAGAGUCGCAGCUUUUCAUGAGUGCUUUGUGUUUGUGUUUGUGGAUUUCAGGCUUUAUCAGAAGCAAAGAGAAGAAGAAGAAGAGAGAGAGCAGCAGAGACAGGUGGGACGAUGCUGUCAUCAAAUAUUCUCUGAAUUUAAUGUUACUGUCAUCAAAUCAAAGUAAAGCCUGUUAAUUUUAGGUCUACGGCACUGAAAGAAGACAGAUUCCAGCUGUCAGCAAUGUGAUUGAAUAACUGAAACUGAAAAACCUAUAACAACAGAAUCAUAGAAACUGAAUCUCAGUACAGUCAAAACUGAGACUCAGUGGAGUCAAAUAUCCUAAAAGUCAGAAUCAUUAGAGAUGGAUACUGUGAAACCGGGACUCUUUGGAGACAGAUUAGACAGAUAAGGACAUUAGUUUUUGGUGCUUUUCAAAGAAAUCCUGGUACUGAUUAACCUCAAACAACAGCAAAGACAGAUUAUUGAGAGGGAGAGCAUAUUGACUUCAUGAUGACAAUGACCAUAGAGCAAUGAGACCCUUGUUAAAGUAAAACCUAAUCUAGUGUGUUGUACCUUUAAAUUAAAGAGAUGAUCAUUUCUCUGUUUCUAGAACCAGCAGCAGGAAAAUGAAACCAGAGUGACGGGAAUCUGCGCGGCAGCGUCUGUGCAAAAAGCUAAUGUGAGUCAAACUGUAAAAUAGCCCAUAAAGGAUCUUAUAAAAGCUCCUUCAAUAUCAUUGUUUUCCUAUUUGACAUUUUCUUUAAUGAGAUUCUUGAACACAGAACUUUUCAGAUUAACCUGUAAUAUAUGAAAGUAGCUUAUUGUCACAGAGUCUGAUGAAAACGCCUGUGUUGAUGUUAUGAAAGUCUCUUUUUCUGACAAGUUUGAUAUUAAAAUGUUGUAUUGACCCUUUAAUUUAUGCCUUAAUCUCCAGGAAGCAAAAUCCCUGAUUUCUCAGAGGGCGUUUAAUCCCAGAGACAUUUUCAAACAGAGGGAGCAGAGCUUUGAGGCCAACGACAGACCAUCUCCUGCUGCAUCCCGACCAGGUGAAAACACAAAUAUUACCACAGUGUCAACAGGCAGAGGUGCUGGACCUCUGUCCCCAGAUUGGUCAGAUUUGAUGUGUGUGAUAAAGACGUCCUAGGAGGUGCUUUGCUUUUCAUAAUCCUCACCACUCUUAUGGAGAUUGACCAAUCAAAAACAAGUAAUCAGCAAAGAAGGAAAUUAUUGCUGUGUUUGAGUUACUUCGGAAGUCAGAAGUCUGAGCUGAAAAUGACGUCACACCCGAGUUCCCAGCGUUUCAGUUACCAGGUCAUAAAAAAGCAAAAUCAGAGGCCUGAAACAGAAGGCUACAUCUACAAAAGUUAUUUUAGUGCUUGCCUUAUAUUCAGAUAAGGAAUUUUGCUUUUUUCCGACUUGGUAACUGAAACACUGGGAACUCGGGUGUGACGUCAUUUUCAGCUCUGACUUCUGAGGUAACUUGAACGCAGCAUAAGGUGUGAUUUGUUUUCUUGUUUUCAGGGAAGCUGCAGAGUCCAUUUUUUGCCCAGCAAUCCUUCUACAGAGAGUCACCGGUGCGGCCGAGGUCUCCACCAGGUCCAGCCGCAGUCCAGGUCUUACCCAUGAGCCCACCAUCUCCGGUCGCACCUGCCUCACCUGUGCUGUCUUACUCACCUGUUCCAGCUAUCUCCACAACACUCCCAGAGACCACAGGCUCACCUGUCCUAGACAGGAAAGUCUCACCUGUUCCAGAUACGGCAGGCUCACCUGUUCCAGAGAUCACGGGCUCACCUGUUAUACCUGCAGGUCAGACACGAAGACCUUUCCUGUUCUGCUGCCAAAAACACAUAAAGGCAUAUAAUCAGGGGCUGCUGGUAACACGAUACCUCAUUGGUUUAUGAUGUUUUGAUGGGGCCAGGCGGCAUGACCAUAUUUGGAGGGAAGGGUGGAGUUCAAACAGGCAUCAAGUCUAAGACAAGCACAAUUUUUUUUCAUGAAAUGACAAAAUUUUACAAUUUCAGAAUUUGAAAUGUUGAAUUUCCACUAUCUGCAAUAAUUAGCAAACCAUUAUCAACAUUUCACUCUGCAGUUUUACUCUUUUUAGGAUUUCUAAAACAGACUUUGAUCCAUACAGGCGUUGCUGACACACAGGAGGAGUGGUCAGAUGAGUUUGAUGACGAUGCAGAUGAAGCUCCCUCAGGUACGAUGAUAUCAAUCACGACUUAAUUCUUCAAAAACGCUCCAAAACAAACUCCUGAAACUGUCGCAUAAAACAAACGAUAUCUUAGUUUUUACUUCCAUGUUAGAGUUAUCUGACUGUUUUGGUUGAACAUGUAAGAGUUUAGAGAACAAAACUUUAUACAUGAAAAGAAUCACUGAUGUUUUUUAUUUGAUCAAAUGUCAGGUUUUUUUCAUUUGUCUCUGAGUGGUUUGAGAGUUUUUUAACAGUUAUUAUGUUUUAUUUUUAGGAGAAACUCCAGAUCAAGUUGACCUGUAUAAUGCACCACAGCCAGUCGUGACAGAGGAGGACUUGUAUGAAAACCUUUACCAGGACAUAACUGCAGUGAGUGAAAACUGUCUUUGUUCCCCUCUCAGCCCUCUGAUAGUGACAUUAUCAGAGAAAAAAAGUUUAAAAAGGCAGAAAACCACACAAAAUAUUCAGCUUCACUCUUUCUCCUCGUCUCUGAUAAUCCGGUCAACCCCAGAUUUCACUUGUAGUAAAGUAUUUUUACAGUGUCAUCAAAGAUUAUAGGAUUUUAUCUCUUUUAACUCUUUCAUUUGAUCAAGGUUGCAGAUCAAUCACAUAAUUCAGUUUUUCACAGCUUUUAUAAAACCUCCUUUGUCACCUCAAGACUUGUAUUUUAUUUCCCUCUCGUCAUGGUCAUUCUGUCCCUCUGCAUUUCAAACACUGAUACACCUCUCCCUGCUCUCCUUUCUUCACUUGCACUUGUGCUGGAGAAGCAUGGACAGGUUUGAUUUAUUUAUUUUAAAGUUUGAUUUAUUUCUAUUUUGUUUGAAAUUUCAGGAUGAAGAGAAUAGCCUGAAGGUCAGAGAAGAAGAGGAGAUGAGGGCCAGAGCUCUGUACGACUACCAGGCUGGUAUGUACACAAACACUGACAGACUUCUCUUUUGUGUGUUUUGUUGUUUCAUCAACACUUUUCUCCGCCACAGUUGACGACACUGAGAUAACCUUUGACCCUGAUGACAUCAUAACGGGGAUAGAGAUGGUGGACGAGGGUUGGUGGAGAGGUUUCGGGCCGAACGGACACUACGGCAUGUUCCCUGCUAAUUAUGUGGAGCUUCUUUAG